AUGAACAUUUUGAAGAAGUUUAUGGAUUCCGGGAACAGGCCAGAGCUCAUUACCAUACCUUCAGGGCAGUUUAAUCUUUUGAGGUCAAAGAGUUCACCUAAAGCUGCUUUAGAAUGUAUCUACAAUAAUUCUAUUCUAAGUGUUCGCAAAGUUGGCAGGUUUGAUUACGAAUUGGCUGUUUAUAGGGUAGAAGAUGAUAAUGAAGCUGGUACAGGAGAUGAGUCUGAGAAUUUUGAGGAUGACAGUAUCAGUGUUUUAUCCACACAAUCUAAAAAAAAGGAAGAGGAGUGGAGCUUUGAAAUAACGGAUAAAAUUAUGUUUCACAAGACCUGGGAUGAACAAGGAAACAUAGCGCUCGUAUGGGAGAAUUUGGUUGGUGAUGAGCAAGAUGAAAAGGUUCAAUUUGUUGUUGCUACUGAUGUUUCGAUGUCUGAUGUGGAGCAAUUUAUACAAACUGUUUACCGGUGUCAAUAUGAAGUAAGAUAUAAAAAAUCCUCUUUCACUGCUUCAGCAGAUGACUUGAAGCAGAUAGAACACAAAUCGGCAAGUCUAUUUGUUCAAGAUGAGGAUGGGACAGACUCAAGUUCAGACGAUUUUCAAGAUGCUAAUGACUUAUAUUUUGAACAAAAAGAAGACCAUGACUUACUGGCAAGAACCCCUUCUCCAUUGAGGAGGGUACCUGAAGGAAAAAAUCUGUGCUUAAUCAUGUCUGGUUUAUACGUUUAUGAUCCGAUUCAAGAAAUGUUUGUUUUACAGGAUCCUGCGGUUAAAGUAGCGAUUAUCGACACUGGGAAAUACGAGUUUUGGCUGGCUAUAGAAGGUAAAGAUACCCGUCUGGGCACCCAAGUUGCUCCGAAUAUCAACCCUACCUUUGAACUGGCAACAGAUGCAUUUCUUUUCAAUUAUACACUACAAAAUAUUACUCUGUCCUACAUGUUGAAGUUCAAGAACUUGGAUAAAUGUAUUCAAUUCAGAUCUGUUUGGGUAGAAUGUCUGUGGAUGUCUUUGAACAAAGAAACCUGGAAGGAUCUUCCUGAUAGGGAGAGAGAUUAUAUUUUAGAUUCAUCGUCUGUACCAUUGGAAAAGCAGUUUGAUGAUAUUUUACACUUGGGUGAGAGUCCUAACGAAAAAAGGAACGAAGAAUCAAGUGAAAGUGAAAGUGAAAGUGAAGACGAAGUGGACGGAAAAGAGCACUCCAAAAGAAUUGUUUCCUCUGAAGCCUUUGAAGAACCAAAACGUGCAACUUCAAAGGGUAAUAGCUCCUUAACAAUUGCUUUCAGAAAUAAUAGAUCGUAUGUUACAAGAGACAACAAAAUUGGUGUAUUCAAAACAGAUGAUGAUGAUGAUUUAUUAGAAUUUGUUACUGCCAUCAAAAAUGUUUCUGAUUUGGGCGGUAAAAGUAUUGAUCCUCAUAAUCCAAUGCUGUAUAUGGAAGAUCGUAACCUGAUCCUAACUGACGGUCAGAAUGAAAAUAGGCUCUACAAGAUGGAUAUAGAAAGAGGAAAGGUGGUAGAAGAAUGGACUACAGGUGACAAGAAUGUUGUUCAAUACGGUCCGGCCAAGAAAUUCGACCAAAUGACACCAGAACAGACAAUUGUGGGUGUUUCACAAAAAGGCGUUUUCAAAAUAGAUCCUAGAAUUAGUGGAAAGAAUAAAAUAGUCGCCGAUCAGUCCAAAGACUAUGUCGGGAAGUAUAACUUUAGUUCCAUCGGAACCACAGAGGGUGGUUAUAUCGCCAUCGGCUCAGAAAAGGGUGAUAUAAAACUGUAUGAUAGGUUGGGUAUUAGAGCAAAGACCGCUAUACCUUCACUCAGCCAAGCGGUUAAGUAUAUCACUAUAUCAGCUGAUGGCAAAUGGUUGUUAGCGACUUGCGAGAGUUCUUUGCUUUUAAUGGAUCUAGAAAUCAAGGAGGGCAAAAAUGCUGGUAACAUUGGAUUCUUGAAGUCAUUCCCAGCAAGUGAAAAUGUCAAAACGUAUGUUCUGAAAAUACGACCAGAACAUUCAGCAUCCAUAUUGACAUACACAAAGAAACCCAUUAGCUUUACGAAGGCUUCCUUUAACACCGGUAUAGGCCAAAGGGAACAAACGAUUGUUACCUCGACAGGCCCAUAUGCAAUUUCUUGGUCGUUAAAAGCUAUUCUCGAACAAGAUGGUAGUAGAAAUUAUCCAUACAGAAUUCGUAGAUACAACGGCGACGUCGUUGCUGAUAAUUUCGAAUUUGGUUCGGAUAAAAAGGUGAUAGUUGCUUUGAAAGAUGACGUUUCUUUAUCGAAAGUGAAAUCCUUCAAACAGCCGAGCAAGGGUGUCUUGAUGCCAAAUUCCUCUCUCCAAGAUUUUUAUGGCUGA